GAUUCAUAUUAAAUUAAAAAUGUAUUUUUAUUUAAUAAAUUUAUUUAUUUCAAUUAAAUUAAUUAAUUCCCAAGAUUUAUUUACAUCUUCUGCAGAAUUACAACAAUUAGUACAUGUAGAAAAGGAAAUUCCUAAAAUUAUAGAAAAUUAUAUUUUAUUAGAAAAUAAACGUUUGGAAAAUUUAAAAAGUAUUGCAAAUAAAUAUUCAAAAGACAAAAGUGAAUUAUUUGAAUUGGAACCAAAAAGUGUUUUGAAUCCUUUAAUUGCUCUUAGAGUAAUCAAAAAAUUAACAAAAACUUGGAAAGAAAUUAAGAAAGAAAUUCAAUCAGAUUUGGCUGAAAAUUAUUUAAAAAAUAUUUCAAAACAAAGAGAAACUCGUUUUCCUAAUGAGGAUGAUUUAAAUGGAGCAAUUCAAGGAUUAUUUCGUUUACAAGAUACUUACCAUUUAAAAACUAAAGAUUUGGCUAAUGGAAUUGUUGAGGAUGUUAAUAUAAAUAAGCAAAUGGAUGCUAAAGAUUGUUACGAAAUAGGUCUUGCUGCAUAUAAUGAUAAGGAUUAUUAUCAUUCAAUAUUAUGGAUGGAAGAAGCAAAUGACCGUUAUUAUUCACAAAAAGACUUUACACAAAAUAAAACUGAUAUAUUAAAUAUUUUGUCAAUUUCUUUAUAUAAGCAAGGAAAUUUGAAGAGAGCUUUAAUUAUUAAUGAUAAAUUAAUUGAAUUAGAUCCUUUAUAUCCAAAUGCAACAAAUAAUUCAAAAUUAAUUGAACAAGAAUUACUGGAUAAUGGAGUUGCUAAAGAAGAUUUCCGUAUAAAUAUACCUCCAUUAAAUAUUACAAGAACGAAUAAUGCUUCUAAUUUAUUUCCUGCAUACCGUAAAGCUUAUGAAGAACUCUGUCGUGGUGAAAAAGAAAUUGUUUGUUAA